CGGAAGUAAACAAUGACAAAGAACAACUUCCACGUCAGCGUUUUUAUUGUUGUUAUUUAGAUGUUUAUUAACACGAUGGAACUAAAACUAUGACUAAUUUAACUGCACAGCAUCACAUACUUACCCAAUGUUGUAUUUAAUUCGCGUUGGAGACAGGACUUGGUUGAUAGACGUUAUUUAGGUAACGCUAGCUAGCUAGUUGCUAACGUUAGCUAAACGUAACAAUGGCUAACUGUAUGGUUUUCCACACUCAAAUAGCCUCCAUCAUUGAGGUGCUAGCGAAUUCAGCCGUGGCAGAUAUCUGUAAACUCGUAGACGACGACUAUGCAGUGUUUCGUUUGGAAAUAACUCAAAGCCAAAAAGAAAACAGGGCAUUGAGGAGGAAACUACAGCUAAUGGAACUGAAGGUGGCACGGGAGCGCGCAGAGAGGACAAUCCGAGAGCGCGCCCUCGCCAGUCGUCCCAGUGGUGUCAAGAACCUCGACCGAUACAGAGGAACGACAAGGGGUGAAGGACAUCUCACUGGAGACCACAGGAGCUUUGUGAAGCCGGCAGGACACAAUACGUGGAGAGAUGACCAACCCUUAGCUGUUGAUGAGGGGAGUGUAACCUCAACCCAGCAUGUUAUCGUGAUUGAGGAGGAGGGUCCAGAGGUGCUGCUGGUGAAGGAGGAGGGGUGUGAGGAGAGUCUGGGCAACCCUGAGGGGACCAUGGUCAUGGAGGACAACCAGACUAUACCUCCUCCUGGACCCACAGAAGAACCAGCUGAGCAGCACAGGACCACACACAGUCUCACUGAGUCAGUAGACAUGGAGGAUGGGAAGCCUGAUCUGCUGCUGGUUAAAGAGGAGACAAUAGAAGACGAACCAGAGAGCAUUGACCUGCUGAGUGGACUAAAGAUGGGGGAGCAAGGUGGUUGGCUGGAGGAUGACAGAGGAGACUGGACGGCCAUCUUGGAUUCACAGACCCAGACGGAUGCAGCUAAGGGCCCGCGGGACAACAUAGUGGAGGUCAGUGGAUGGGACAGCGUCCUCAACUCUGGGCUGGGGAACAGCACUGUUAACCAGAAACAGACAGUCGAACACAAAACCACGUCUGAACUUAGUCUCCAUGACAACAGACUGGCUGAGACCAGGGUGAGGCGUAGAUUUGGUCUGCAGGGACGGGGAGGUGUCCCUAUGCGGCAGGAGAAAACAGACACAGAUGCGGCUAGCGAUGCUCCGUCCUGCUCCUAUAAUUGUGAUUCAGAGAGACUGAUGGUGCCUCAGGUUAACCCCCUAACAGGUACUGCCUUCAGCCUGCCUUCUAUAGGAUCUAUCAACUGGAACAUGGACCCUGCGACAACACAGACACUCCCAGGCCUUCAUCCUCCCCACACUCUCCUUAUGUUAAACCAGAACUCAGACAAUGCCAGUGCCUCAACACUAAAUGGCUACACAAGCCCAUUGACAAAUGACAGUAGUAGUGACGCUGUCAGUAGAUCCGGUGGCAAGGAGAAGCAGUUUUCGUAUUCAUUUUGUGGGAAAGCCUUCAAUUUACCCAAACAGGUGCAGCUCGACCAGAGGAUGCACACGGGGGAGAAAUCGUUUGGCUGCCACCUGUGCCAUGCCAGUUUCUCCCGCUCGUUCAACCUGAAGAGACACCAGAUGGUCCACACAGGGGAGAAACCCUUCAGCUGCCCCCAGUGUGAGAAGAGGUUCUCCCAGGCUGGUGACCUGAAGAGGCACCAGAGGGUCCACACAGGGGAGAAACCCUUCAGCUGUACCCAGUGUCACAUGCGCUUCGCCUUGGCUGGCAACCUGAAGAUGCACCUGAAGGUCCACACGGGAGAAAAGCCGUUUGCCUGUACACACUGCGGGAAGAGGUUCUCAGAGAGGAGCUACCUCAGUAUACACCAGCAGAAAAACCAUUCCACUCUAUAACAUAGAAAGUAACCAUUCCACUCGAUAUCCUCUGACGUUUAGAUGAAACCCUGCACAAAGACAAAUAGAUUGAUAUCGUUGUCAGCGGAAAAUAUCCACAGAUUCAUUUAGAAUAACGAGUGUAACAGAUGACAGUGUUGAAUAUUGCAUCCAGGCAUUGUGUGAUAUACACGGAGUGUAUGAAACAUUAAGAACACCUUCCUAAUAUUGAGUCGUACCACCCCCUUUUGCCCUCAGCAGACUCAAUUCGUCAGGGACAUGGACUUUACAAGAUGUCGAAAGCAUUUCCCAGGGAUGCUGGCCCGUGUUGACUCCAUUGCCUCCCACAUUUGUGUCAAGUUCCUUUGUGGUGGACUAUUCUUGAUACACACGAGAAACUGUUGAGUUUGAAAAACCCAGCAGCGUUCCAGUUAUUGACACAAACCAGUGCCCCUACUACCAUCUGUUGGUGGCUGUUGGUGGUAGGUGCAGCCAAUUCAGCUACCCUGCGUGCCGGGUAGGCAAACUGUUGCCAUUCCAUGUGUCUGAAGGUACAAACUCUGCCUUCCGGUGGGCCUGGAGAGGAAAUCAAGUGCACUAUGCUACCGCUGGCCAAUCAGAAUGCUCAGAUGACAGAGUCUGCAGUAACGUAGCAGGCAUGAAAGAAAGCUAUGACAAAAUUGAUACUGUGAGAUUUCAAAACGUUUAAAACCAUGACUAGAGAGAGACUGUCAACGAACACAGCAAAGAGCUGCUGUUUUUAUGAGUGAGUUCAUGUUUAAGUUCUUACUCAGAUCUGUCAACACUUUGUAUUUCACACUUUUAUAAACCAUACAAUGCACGUUCUUCCUAUUUCCACUCAGCGCUACAACAAGCAGUGCAGCAGUGAUGAAUGAGGAGGAAAGUGUCUCUAUAAGCCUUGUUAUUCUUAGCGGCUUGGGUCUUUUUUAAUAUCAAGGAAUAUUUCACUUUCUCUGUUCAUAGCAGUAACAACAUGAGUUUGUGCAUGAGGCAGCAAUAAUGUAGUGCGACUCGAGUUUCGCCAUCAGCUGGAAGACGGUGGUCAGUGUCAGUGGAGGGGAGGAAAGGGAGAGCGGAGGGAUGUUGAGAGACGGACCCUCAGUCUGCUGCUCUCUCCCUCUGCUGAGACUGACCAUCAGAUGCAGGCACCAGCCCAUUAAAAUAAAAAGCAAAUUAUUUAAAUGUAUGCUCACUCCGCUGUCCCUCACAAGUAAUACAACAAUGGAUCUAUUACCGGUGUGAUCAUAUAGCCUACCUCAAAUUUUGAAAUAUAAAUACAGAAAAUGUCCCAAACAACAACAAUGCAUUGGCAGGUAAAUUCAAGCAAAGCCAGUAUGCUGUGAUAAUGUAUUGGGCCUAUAGCUUACUGCACAAACCUCAUUGCUACAGUACUGUUUUUAAUUGGUUAAUGUUGCAUAGGCUUACAUUUAAGUCAUGUUAUUUAAAAAAUCAGAGUGGUAGAUCUCGGCAUGCAUUUUGACUCAAAGGGAUCUUGACUCAGAAUAGGUUGGUGACCACUGGUGUAGGCUAUAUGAUGUUCACAAAUGCCUAUUUAAUUACUUCCAUUCACGUACUUUAUUUUCCCCAAAAAAACUCCCUAGUCCUUGCCAAUGAUAAGCAUAUCCAUAGCAUGAAGCAGCUGUCACCAUGCUUGAAAAUAUAAAGAGUGGUAAUCAGUGACGUGUUGUUGGAUUUGCCCCAAACUAAACGCUUUGUAUUCAGGACAAAAAGUGAAUUUCUUUGCCAAAUUUUUUGCAGCAUUAAUGAAGUGCCAUGUUGCAAACAGGAUGUAUGUUUUUCUGUACAACAGAAGCUGUUCAAACCCAGACAUAUUUUAGGGGAACACUUGUGACCUCUCUUUGGGUUAAGCCACAGAAGAAGAGUCGUCAGCAGUUAAAGCUUACAUUUUCUUAGUUGGUAGACCUACUCUGUUUGGGCUGGAAAGGUAUAGGCCCAACUUUUGAAUGUACCAUGCUCAGAUUCCUAAUGAUGUCACAAAUUAAAUGAUUUGCAAACGGACAGUUUUGCUGCAAACAAAACACACUGAUUUGGCAUUGGAGAAAUAUGGUAAGAUGAACACAUCAGUCCAUUCUUAGCCUGUAAUUUCGCAAAUUUGUGUGGUGUAAAAGGACAUAGAAUUGCAUGACAUUUCAAUUUCUCUGACCUGCAAAUAUGAUGAUAGAUUCAUGCAAUGCUUUUACUAUAAAAGGAGAUCUUUCCACCCCUACUCUUGUUCACGGUGGUCUGCGAACACACAACCUUCUGGCCCGCAGCCCUUUGCGCUAUCAAAAUUCCUGCAUUGCCAUGUAAUGCUUACAGGACGAAGAACAAUUUGUAAAACUGCAUAUCUAAGGCUCUGGUCUGUCCAAGAAGUGAGGGUAAAUGGUGGUAGCUUUGUUAUCUGCUAUCCACUUAUUAUUUUGGGUAUAGUGGAGAGUCACUUUUUUUCUUUUCUUCAAGCAUUCAGGUAGGGUUUAGGUCAAAUAUAUUUUGCUGAAGGGAGGGCCAAACAUUUUCAUUUCAGAGAGGUCCUAUUUGAAUAAUGUUCACUCCCUAAAGUUACUGACUGAAAACUGAGAAAUAACUGCUAAUUCUGUUUUUAUACUAACUGGUUACCAUGGUGAAUAAUCCAAUAAUUAUUGGUAGGACAUAUGAAAGGAAACAGAGUUUACCGGAAUCUCUACAUCAAAAAUACUGUCAGAUAAAAUACAAUUUCCUUGUAGGUCUAAUAGAAAAACACCACAUAGCCUAUAUUGGCUCAGAACAGGGCAGCAUGGCUGGCCCUCGGAUGUAUACAGAGAUCUAACAUGAAUAACAUGCAUGUCAAUCUCUCCUGGCUGAAAGUGUAGGAGAGAUUGACUUCAUCACUACUUGUAUUUGUGAGACGUAUUGACAUGUUGAAUGCAUAGAGCUGUCUGUUUGAACUACUGGCACACAGCUCAGACAUCCAUGCAUACCCCACAAGACAUGCCACCAGAGAUCUCUAAACAGCCCCCAAAUCCAGAACAGAUUAUGGGAACAGAUUAUGGGAGGCACACAGUACUACAUAGAGCCAUGACUACAUGGAACUCUAUUCCACAUAAAGUAACUGAAAAAAAGAUUAAUAUACACCUUAUGGAACAGCGGGGACCGUGAAGCAACACAAGCAGACAUACACACACACACACUAACGUACAGCGCAUUCGGGAAAGUAUUCAGACCCCUUGACUUUUUCCUAAUUUUGUUACGUUAGCCUUAUUCUCAUCAACCUACACACAAUACCCCAUAAUGACAAAGCGAAAAAAGGUUUAGAUAUGUUUGCAAAUUAAUUAAAAAAACACAUUUACAAAAGUAUUCAGACCCUUUGCUAUGUUAUUCGAAAUUGAACUCAGGUGCAUCCUAUUUCCAUUAAUCAUCCUUGAGAUGUUUCUACAACUUCAUUGGAGUGUACCUGUGGCGCGGCGGUCUGAGGCACUGCAUCUCAGUGCUUGAGGCAUCACUACAGACACCCUGGUUCGAAUCCAGGCUGUAUCACAACCGGCCGUGAUUGGUAGUCCCAUAGGGCGGAGCACAAUUGGCCCAGCGUAGUCCGGGUUUGGCCGUCAUUGUAAAUAAGAAUUUGUUCUUAACGGACUUGCCUAGCUCAAUAAAGGUUAAAUAAAA